AUGGAUGCAAAUAAUGGGCUAAUAGUUGGAUGUAAAGUGUCUGUGUCCAGCAUGCAAAACAACGAAGAGCUCACGCGAAGGGCCGAAAUUAUAGCGAUCCGCAAUACCCCGGACGGGGCGCUGUACUAUGUGCACUAUAUUGGCUUCAACAAAAGGCUGGACGAGUGGAUUUCGCACGAAAAAGUAGACACAAAGACAAUUGAGUUUCCAAAAAAGAAAAAGCAGAAAGAAGAGCCAAAGAACAAAAACACAGCUGUGGUGGCAGACGAGGUGUACAGGGUGAAAAACAUCGAAAAAGUCACAAUGGGGGAGUACACAGUGGACAGCUGGUAUUUCUCGCCGUACCCGAAAGACAUGCAGAAGGACAUAAUUGUGUGCGAGUACUGCCUGUACUACUUCAACACAGAGCAGGAGCACGCGGAGCACUUUGAAAAGUGCAAGCACAAGCGGCCGCCCGGGAGGCAAAUAUACAGAAAAGGCGGCAUUUCCUUUUUUGAGCUUGACGGAGUAGUGCACAGCAACUACAGUAGAAACCUGUCGCUCCUGUCCAAGCUGUUUUUAGACCAUAAAACGCUCUUCUACGACAUAGAUGUAUUUUUGUUUUAUGUUAUGUGCAUAUACAACCCGAGCGACCCCGAGGAGGCGCGCGAGUACAAAAUUGUAGGAUACUUCUCAAAGGAAAAAGAGUCGCAGCACGGGUACAACAUAGCGUGUCUUUUGGUUCUGCCGCAGCACCAGAGAAAAGGGUACGGGAAAAUACUCAUAGACUUUUCCUAUCUGCUGAGCAAAAGAGAAAGAGUUUCGGCGUCGCCCGAGAAGCCGCUUAGCGACCUGGGGCUCCUCAGCUAUCGAGAGUACUGGAUAGGCGUGAUAUCAAACAUACUUAUCUACAACCGGCUGAUAUCAAUAAACGACAUACGAGACAUGAGCAGCAUAACAGUGGAGGACAUCAUACACACACUGCAGCAUAACAACAUGCUUGUGUACUAUAAUGGGAUGCCCUCUAUAGUCAUACGGGAUGAGCUGAUAAAUAAGUACAAAGAGCCCCGGGGCGUGCAGCUAGACCCAGAGUAUCUGGUGUGGGAGCCUCUGUACCAGUAG